AUGAAAAAAACACUCAGGUUUUCAAAUCCCUGCAGUGCUCCAAAAACGUAUACUAACGAAUUUGCUUCAAGUACAGAUGGUUGCAAAAAAAGAAAAAUUCCUUACGGCUAUUACGGAUACAAGACCCCCUACGUCGUGACAAAGAGGCAAUGGGAACGACACAGGGCCACCGAUGAGGCGGAAGAGGCCGCCAAAGCCACCAGCUCCGCCGGCAAGUCCCGCUCGAGAUCCAGGACCCGCAGCCGAGGCCGCUCCCGGUCCCGGAGCCGCACCCCGGACCCCGAGAAGCAACGCCGGAUGUGCAGCCGCACCCCCAGAAGGAUCGCAACGAGAGACACCGAGACCACCGAGAAGGUGAGCUGGGCAGAUGCGGUCACGGGAAAACGAGCACCAACCGCGAAGGCUGGCGACAAAACACCCGCUAAGACAGAGACGGAGAUAGCUAAAUUAGCACAGGCGAUACAAGCGCUGCAGAAGCAAAUAGAACACAUGCAGACACAGAUUCGUGCAAAAGACGAACUCAUAGAACAACUCCAGCAUGCCGUGAAAAGCGGUACUGAUACAGAGGCCAUGCAGGAAACACAAGAAGAACUUAUAGAGGACGACGAGGUCGAAUGCCCCGACGCUGAACGCAGACCCACUCCCACAGAGACCACGCAGGAAACACAAGAGGAACCCAUAGAGGACGACGAGGUCGAAUUCCCCGAUACUAAACGCACACCCACUCCCACCCUUACAGAAGCAACACGACGCAAGCGCACGCACGCAGCAAUACGCGACGCGCGAAUAGAUGCACUCGAGGCUCGCUUAAGCAAUCUCGAGGAAACCAUCAUCGCGUCCAUCACGCGUACCAUCCAGGAGAGCUUGGAGAGCUUGGAGAGCGUUCACCUCAGACUGUCCAGAUUAGAAGCCACGAACAGCACGAUCGUACCGUCGCAUAGGGGAGCGGCGCAACACAUGUAA